AUGGUGACAUUUCAGUGCCACAACGGUUACAGCCUGCAAGGCAGUUCUAAAGUCUUCUGCCAGGAGGAUGGCAGCUGGCACCCUCCUGUUCCCGUCUGUGAAAGACUAUACCAUGACCAGGAGCUCUCAAACAGGCCUGAACUUCCCGGUAUCCCUUGUGAGCCGCCUCCAGACAUUCCCAACGGGAAGCACACAGGCAGGCUGCUGGAUGAAUUCCACUUCGGCACAUCUGUAACAUACACCUGCAACCGCGGGUACCCGCUCCACGGAGAGUCCUCCAUCUACUGCACCACCCGGGAUGGGAAAAACGGCGUGUGGAGCGGCCCCCCGCCCCAGUGCGGAGCUGGCUGCAAUGCACCUACCAGACUGGUGUUUGCUGAGCUGAAGGAGCCGUACAGCAACCAGACUGUCUUUCCCGUGGGGAGGACGGUGGAAUACGUGUGCCGGCCUGGGUACGCCCAGCAUCUGGGGAUGCCACCGGCCAUCACGUGCCUCAGGAAUCAGACGUGGUCUGCAGCGCUGGAGUUCUGUAAAAGGAAACAAUGUGCUAACCCAGGGGAUCUGGAACAUGGCAGAGCUGUUGUCCUGACAGACCUCCUCUUUGGGUCCAAAGUGAAUUACACUUGUAACGAAGGGUACAAGUUGGUUGGAAGCUCUCAGAGAACAUGCGAGGUCUCUGGCACACGUGUCUCAUGGAGUGGAGAUGCUCCUGUCUGCCAGCGUAUUGUGUGCGAUCCGCCUCCGGACAUCCCCCAUGGGAGACACAGCGGGCGCUUGAUGGACGCCUUCUCCUACGCGGAGGUGGUGACCUACACCUGCGACCCCGGCCACCCGCUGGCUGGAGAGCCCUCCAUCUUCUGCACCACGGCAGACGGGGAGCGCGGCGUGUGGAGCGGGCCGCCACCGCGGUGCGGAGAGGUGAAGUGUCCUCCCCCUCCAGUCAUCGCCAAUGGGCAGCACAGUGGCCAGCCCUCGGACACUCACCUUCCGGGCUCGGCUGUGCAGUACACCUGUAUGGACGGCUACUCGCUCAUCGGGAACACCUCCAUUAGCUGUACCGCCGAGGGAACGUGGAGCCGGCCCCUGCCCCGAUGUGAAGCAACCGGCUGCAAAAGACCAGAGAUCGAGAACGGAAGGACGAAUGGGCUGGAGACUGUGUACAGACUCACAGACAUUGUUGUCUUCGAAUGUGAUUUUGGUUACUCUUUGAAGGGCUCUCAAGAGUCUCAGUGCCAGUUUGGGGGCGCGUGGGACCCUCCUGUCCCCACCUGUGAAAAGAUGCUACAGUGUCCUUCCCCUCCAAAUAUCAAAAAUGGUCAGCGUGAGAGCAAGGAUGUAAAAGUGUUCAUCCCUGGAAUAUCAGUGAAGUACUACUGUGACCCAGG